UUUUUUGGUUUUGUUUGACAGUUAAUUUUAUUUGAUAAAUAUAACCUUUGCAUGCCGUAGAUGUGUAAUUCUAAUGUUUAUUUCGUUUAAACACUAUUUAUCACUAUAAUACUCACGGAAUUAAAUUUUUCCUUCAAAUAAAAUAUGUCAACCUUGGAGGAUAAGAUUCUUGGAGAAAAAAAUCAUAAUUACUGCAGUAGCAGUGAAGAAAGUGAUUGUGAGGAUAAUUCGGACCCAGAGGAACCUAUCAAGAAACAAAAUGAAAAUCAAGAAAGCGUUCAAUCUACUGAGAUAAAUAAGUGGGAGGGUACCUCUACAAAUACGGGACCAAAAGGCGUAAUCAAAGACUGGCAAAGAUACAAACAACUUGAGAAUGAGAGAAGACAAGAAGAUGAAAGGGAAAAAAUCGAAUUAAUGAAAAAAUUAACUUUGACAGUACAAUCAGCAUUAGAUGAAGAACGUGAAAAGGCUACCCUAGAAGACCCUGAUCUAGCAGAAUUGUUGAAUGAUGAGUUUUUAAUAAAUUAUCAGAAGCAACGUAUGAAGGAAAUGAUACUCCAAACCAAUCACAACGUUAAAUUCGGCAAUCUUAUUUUACUGAAGAGUGGACAAGAAUUCCUAGAUGCCAUUGAUAAAGAACACAAAUCUGUUACAAUAAUUGUUCACAUUUACGAAGAAAAUGUUGAUGCAUGUCGUGCUAUGAACAUGUGCUUAAAAGAACUUUCUAAACAUUAUUUAAAUGUUAAAUUCUGCUCUAUUAUAGGUUCAUGUGCGGGCAUAAGCCAGCAGUUUAAAGCAGACGGUGUUCCUGCUUUACUUGUUUACAAGUCCGGGAAUCUUGUUGGUAAUUUUAUACGUAUAUCUGAUGAUCUUGGCAAUGAUUUUUUGCCAGAAGAUGUUCAGGCAUACUUAGUUGAACACGGACUGUUGGAAGAUAAAAGCUGCACCCCUGCAUUAAUUAAAAGUGUAGUAGAAGACAGUGAGAGUGAUUGAGUUUCAGUAUUAAUUUGCUUCAUUUAAAUCAAUUUAUGUUGGGAACUGUAUGAAGUAGGUCAAGAAAACUGAUUUGAUUGUCAAUUGAGAUGGUAAUAAGUUGAGAACAUUAGAUUACAAUAGGGCAGGCACAUGAUUUUUUCAUUCCUUUUAGGUAAUUGAUGUGAACCUCAGAAGUAUUAGUAGUUUGAUCAUAAACUUGAAUGCAUACAAUAAUCAUAAUUAAUUAUCAGUAGUAAUACAAUCACUUCCCAGUGGUAAUGAAUCAUCAAUAAUGGUAGAAAAUGUAUGUCAAACUUCUAUAUUCCCAUCAAAAUAAAUAGUCUCUGGAAUUGAAUUUCUUUGUAUAUCUUAAAGAAGCAGAAAUCCGAAAGAGCUUUCUAAAAAAAUAACAUUUUCAUGAAAAUUAUUUUUUAUAUCAUGCAAACAACUGUUUUGAAAACAUCAAAAUGUUGUUAAGUACCCUCAUAUUCCAAAAUUCUUAUAUCUGAAGUUGAUACUGUUUUCACUGUGAAAUUACACAUACAGCUUGUCAAAUGUAAGAACAACUUUUCUGAAUUCCGUUUUGAUUCCGCCCACUAGAUGCGCGUUCGUUAGAAGACUAGGAGAGAGAGAAUUCUCAAGUCUCUUCCUAGAUUUGAUAACCUGUAUGUGUAAUCCAAAGAAUACUGUUUACAUUAUAGUGUACUCAAGCGCUGCUUAAUAAAAUGUGUUAACGAUAUUGAAAAUAUAUCACUCAAAUACACGAAUAAGGUUAUUCAGUAGUCCAACUCUCUUUUUUGUAGUCAAAAUUUAAAGUAUUCAGCAGUACAAAAACAAUAAUUUUCUCUGCCGAUAUUAAUUUUCAAAAGUUUAUUAUUGCUUUCAGAAAAAUUAUCACAAAAAAUUUGCUGACGACUCACAUUAAUCUCUGCUAGGUUACAUAAAAACUGGUAACUUAGGUUAUUUUGUAACUACUCUCUCAUCACAUCUCCCCAACAAUUGUAUUAGGUUUAUUUAAAUGGCUAUAGCAAGAAAUAGCUGCUUUCCCUGACAUUAAUACCUAAAGAAUAUAAUUUUUGGUAGUGUAUUAAUAUAAACACCUCAGUAUAAAUUAAAUGAUCUCAUUUCCAUAAUUCUUUAUCGUAAGUACUAAUUCUGAAUUUCAUAUUUUUUACUUUAGUCACUGAGAUAUUACAUGCCUUUGUAAUUGCAUUUGAAUGUACCAUUGAAUUUGACAUUCAUCAGAAUUUUGCAUCUGUCUUUUCUGAUUGUGUUGAGUAUAUUCAAAUUCAAAGUAUGAGAAAUAUGAAGAAAAUUAAACCUAUACUUCGGUAUUUGCUGUAUAUGAUGCACUGUAUUAUAUCUGUGAAAUAAUGUAACUGUUUUAUACUCUUGUAAUAUUUUCAUGGUUUUAUAUGUAUUUAUAGGCCAAUAAAAUUCAAAUUGA